AUGAUACUUAUUGUGCUUAUGCUAAUAGGCUAUGCGCUGUGUAUAGAAGAAGAACAGAUUCGGCUGGACUCGAUGAGAGCAGACACAGUGGCGGUUAUUUCCCUGUUUAUGAUACUGGGUCUGACCUUUUCUGUCUCUCUGUAUGGAAUCAAAAAACUGCUGGAGAAAGCGCCAAAGCAUCUGUACGCUGACAAUCAGCCCUCAGGCAGCUCUCUUCCCAAAAAGCAGAAACAGCAGUAUGAAGUAAUUUCUUUCUAA